AUGGGGAGCGUCACCUUCCUCGGAUCGGCGGCGACGAUAGCGGCGCAGCACUCGCCUACGGCGCAACAGCACUCAACGUGGUGCUCUCCCGUGCCGUAUCUGUUCGGGGGCCUGGCGGCCAUGCUGGGGCUGAUAGCGUUUGCCCUCCUCCUCCUGGCCUGCUCCCACUGGAAGCUCUCCGGCUACGGGGAGCAGGAGAACAGCGGCAGCGAUACCCAGAGCGGGGAUGCCAAGGGUGAGGAUGGUGAUGCCGCCAAGGCCACAUGGGCCCCACGGGAGCAGAGGAUCGUCGUGAUCAUGGCGGGGAAUGAAAAGCCCAGCUUCCUCGCCACCCCACUUUCUGGUGGAGCCUCUUAUUUUGGAGACUGCUCCGGGACGGAGAAGGUAGGCGUCGCCGAGAAGGAGGUGGAAGAUUGGACGAAGAGGAUGACAGGGAAUAGAGACUAUGGCGACUCGGAAGCGGUUCAGGUUGGCCACUGA